AUGUUGGAUCCAGCGGUGAUGUUUUCGUUGGAGAGAAGCAGGCGCUCCAUGCUUCCUGAACACAUGGCCCAACGCCUGUCCGAUGCAUCCAGAAUAUUUUUCACCCCUGAGAUCCUGGAAGCCAUCCUACUGAGUUUAGACAUGCACACAUUGCUUAUUUCAGCUCGAGUCUGUUGCACAUGGAAUAGCCUGAUCAAAAGCCCCCGCAAGAUACAACGGGCACUGUUCUAUAUUCCUUCGGAUACGGUAGCGCCAGGGCAGCCAAGAGUCAAAAAUCCACUCGUGGUUGAAAAAAUAUGGGUUGAGUUUAUUCGCACACAACUCUACUCACGUCCAAGAGUGGGUGGUUGGCUAUGCGGAGGACUCCGUGAAAUUCCCUAUAUAUCAUCAGAAAAGACAGAAGAGGCAUACCUGCGGCCCGAGGUGAGCUGGCGGCGUAUACUUCUUCAGCAGCCUCCAAAUUCGAUUGUGCGUUUCUGGAACCCUGAAAACCCCGAUAGGCCCUAUAGUCAUCAUCAUGGAAUGAUCGAUACCCACGCUAAGUGGAUGCCCAACCGAGAUUAUAUCCGCAUGGACAAUGUGCAAUAUUGGGUAGACAUUGGGGCCUUUUCACCUGGCCUUCUACCUUUCUUAUGUUGGGUAGACCCGUUGCUCAUGAGCAAAGUCAGGAGCCGCACGAGACUGGCAAAAGAUACCGUUCUAGCCAAAUAUCUGGCCCAGUUUGAUCUCACAAUCAACACCGACUACCACUGUUGCCCCGUAAUUAAACCUGAUCCUGAUGAUCCCAAUCCAAGAAAGCAAGCCGGGUUCCCUGAGUGGUGCGAGGAAAGUGACGUGAGCUUGCUUUGGGGAGAGCCAAACUAG